AGUCUUCUCUUCUGUCACCAAUCGCUAAAAUUCAUGGACCCUCACAUUUUUCUAAUGUGAUUGUGUCUGUUCCAUACGACAAAGUUCACGUUAAUCGGUUCCAUGUAAUGUUGUUGUUACAAUGGGAGAGAGAACUGCGUCUGGCUUUGCCAUCAAGAAAUCCUUGUGUUUUUUCUUCACAUUGACCACGUUGUUGUUCAUGUUGUCAUGGGUGUUUGUUCUUCGUUCCACGCGCUCCGAGGCUACACUUGGUUCCACUACCAACUCAAAUCUAUUCACUUCCUUUAAUGACUCAGAUUCUGAUCAAGUGCAACAACAAAAGAACGUGGAAGUUGAAUCCUCCUUUGGCAAUAGAGCAAUACUCGUGGACAAUGUUGAAGCACCAACAACACUUGUUGAGAAACAACAACAUGUGCAUGGAGAAGAAGGUGUGACAUGCAAACCACGUCACCAUGCCGUUUUGAGAGUUUUCAUGUAUGAUUUGCCUCCUGAGUUCCAUUUUGGACUAUUGGAUUGGAAGCCUGAGGGGGGUGUUAACAGUGUUUGGCCUGAUAUCAAAGCUAAAGCACCCCAUUACCCUGGAGGGUUGAAUUUGCAACAUAGUAUAGAGUAUUGGCUUACUUUGGAUCUUCUUGCUUCAGAAGCUGAAGCAUCAUCAUCAUCAUCAUCUAAUGCUAACAGUGUGAUGAGAGUUGGAAACUCUAGUGAAGCUGAUGUGAUAUUUGUGCCAUUCUUUUCUUCUCUUUGUUACAACCGGUUCUCCAAAACUGGCCCACGUGAAAAGAGGAGCAGGAACAAGGUGCUGCAAGAGAAGUUGGUGAAGUAUGUGACAUCGCAAGAGGAGUGGAAGAGGUCAGGGGGGAAGGACCAUGUGAUCUUGGCUCACCAUCCAAAUAGUAUGUUGGAUGCUAGAAUGAAGUUAUGGCCUGGUACUUUCAUACUCUCGGAUUUUGGGAGGUACCCUCCCAACAUAGCCAAUGUUGAGAAAGAUGUGAUUGCACCUUACAAACAUGUAGUUGGAUCCUAUGAUGAUGAUCAAUCCAGCUUUGAUAGCCGUCCAACGUUGUUGUACUUCCAAGGCGCAAUAUACAGAAAAGAUGGAGGCCAUGUUCGGCAUGAGCUAUACUACCUUCUAAAAAAUGAAAAAGAUGUACAUUUUUCAUUUGGAAGUGUUCAAAAGGGUGGAGUCAGAAAGGCCACAGAAGGCAUGCGUUCUUCCAAGUUCUGCCUCAACAUAGCUGGUGACACCCCAUCAUCAAAUCGCUUGUUUGAUGCUAUUGCCAGCCACUGUGUACCCGUCAUCAUCAGUGAUGAAAUUGAGCUUCCAUAUGAGGAUGUCCUUGACUACUCUCAGUUUUGCAUAUUUGUGCGUACGAGGGAUGCUCUCAAGAAGAGGUUCCUGAUAAACUUCAUUAGGAGCAUUGGUAAGGAAGAGUGGACCAGAAUGUGGAACAGGUUGAAAGAGGUUGAGAGUUUCUUUGAGUUUCAGUUCCCAUCUCAAGAGGGUGAUGCUGUCCACAUGAUUUGGCAGGCUGUUGCACGCAAGGUUCCUUUCAUGAAGCUGAAAACUAACAGGUCUAGAAGGUUUUUUAGGUCUCUUUAUGGGCGUGCACCACCUGAUUUUUCUUGAAAGAAAAAUAAGUACUUGUUUGGAGUAAGUUGUGCACCAAAGAGCCAUAGGAUGUUGUGGCAAAUGACUUUAGGUUUCACCUUUAGAAACGUUAGAAGUUAGAACACUUCAUAGAUAUAAAUGUAUGUAGUGGUUUUGAUGCUGACAAUGUAACGUUUAUACAUGAAGAAGAUUCAUUAUAUAUUAAAGGAAAGUGGAAAGAGGAUUUAGGCAAUUUGGUUCCACUUGUGUUGUGGUUGGACUUGAGUGUACUGUAUACAUUGAAAGUGUCUUUGUUUUCCAUUUAAUCAACCUUUUU